AGUAGAAAGUGCAAUCCCGUUUGUUCGAAUACGGACGCAUUUCCCGAUUCCUCUUCGUUCGUCUUCGUCGCAAAGUUUUUCUCUCUUUGUUUAUUUUUUCCUGACAAACCAUUGUUCCAGCGUCUUUGCCAGUCUCUCUCUCUCUCUCUCUCUGUCCUGUGUUAUUGUGUCCUUCAUAGUUCAUGCAACCAAGCCAAAACUGUAAUAAAGAAAAGCUAACGAGUUCUCUAGUGUCUUUUAAUGGCGGGAAACGACUGGAUCAACAGUUACCUUGAAGCAAUUCUGGAUGUCGGUCCUGGUAUAGACGAGGCAAAAUCGUCGUCGUUGCUGUUGAGGGAGAGAGGGAGAUUCAGUCCCACUCGCUACUUCGUUGAAGAAGUGAUCACUGGGUUUGAUGAGACCGAUCUCCAUCGCUCAUGGGUUCGGGCAGCGGCAACGAGGGGUCCGAAGGAAAGGAAUACGAGAUUGGAGAACAUGUGCUGGAGGAUAUGGAACUUGGCCAGGAAGAAGAAGCAGAUUGAAGGAGAGGAGGCUCAGCGUAUGGCUAAGCACCGGCUUGAGCGGGAAAGAGGCCGCAGAGAAGCAACCGCUGAUAUGUCAGAGGACUUAUCAGAAGGAGAGAAGGGAGAUGCUGCUGGUGACAUUUCAGCUCAUGGUGAUAGCAAUAGAGGCAGAAUGCCUAGAAUCAGUUCUGUGGAUGUAAUGGAGACGUGGGCUAGUCAGCAGAAGGCAAAAAAGCUCUACAUUGUUUUAAUAAGCCUUCAUGGUCUUAUUCGAGGAGAAAAUAUGGAGCUUGGGCGUGAUUCUGAUACUGGUGGUCAGGUUAAGUAUGUUGUGGAACUUGCAAGAGCCUUAGGCUCAAUGCCAGGAGUAUACCGGGUUGAUUUGCUAACCCGACAAGUUUCAGCACCAGAAGUAGAUUGGAGCUAUGGUGAACCAACAGAGAUGCUGACUCCAAAAGGCUCUGAACAUUUCAUGGAUGAGAUGGGAGAGAGUAGUGGUGCUUAUAUUAUUCGUAUACCAUUUGGGUCAAGAGAUAAGUAUAUCCAAAAGGAACUCCUAUGGCCUCACAUACCUGAAUUUGUUGAUGGUGCUCUAAACCACAUAAUACAGAUGUCCAAAGUUCUUGGGGAGCAAAUUGGUGGUGGAGAACCAAUCUGGCCAGUUGCUAUUCAUGGACAUUAUGCAGAUGCAGGUGAUUCUGCUGCUCUGCUAUCUGGGGCUUUAAAUGUACCAAUGCUUUUCACUGGCCAUUCGCUUGGGCGAGAUAAAUUAGAACAACUUCUGAAACAAGGACGCCAAUCAAGGGAAGAAAUAAAUGCAACAUAUAAAAUAAUGCGACGUAUAGAGGCCGAAGAGCUAGCCCUUGAUUCAUCAGAAGUGGUUAUCACUAGUACUAGACAGGAGAUAGAAGAGCAAUGGCGUCUGUAUGAUGGUUUUGAUCCAAUACUUGAGCGCAAAUUGCGAGCAAGGAUCAGGCGAAAUGUGAACUGUUAUGGCAGGUUCAUGCCUCGCAUGGUUAUAAUUCCUCCUGGGAUGGAGUUCCACCACAUUGUUCCACAUGAUGGUGAUAUGGAUGGUGAAGUAGAAGGAAAUGAAGAUAGUCCAGCUUCUCCAGACCCGCCAAUUUGGUCUGAGAUAAUGCGCUUCUUCACCAAUCCCCGCAAGCCUAUGAUCCUUGCUCUUGCUAGGCCGGACCCCAAAAAGAACAUUACAACUCUGGUGAAAGCAUUUGGGGAAUGUCGUCCGUUAAGGGAGCUCGCUAAUCUUACAUUAAUAAUGGGUAACAGAGAUGAAAUUGAUGAAAUGUCAGGCACUAAUGCAUCUGUUCUAAUCUCAAUAAUCAAACUGAUUGAUAAAUAUGAUCUGUAUGGUCAAGUGGCAUAUCCUAAACACCACAAGCAGUCUGAUGUUCCUGACAUUUACCGUCUGGCAGCAAAGACAAAGGGUGUUUUCAUCAAUCCAGCAUUUAUUGAGCCCUUUGGACUAACUUUGAUAGAGGCUGCAGCUCAUGGUUUGCCUAUUGUGGCCACAAAAAAUGGAGGUCCUGUUGACAUACAUCGUGUUCUUGACAAUGGCCUCCUUAUUGAUCCCCAUGAUCAGCGAUCAAUUGCUGAUGCUCUUUUGAAGCUUGUUGCGGAUAAACAACUUUGGGCAAGAUGUCGACAGAAUGGAUUGAAAAAUAUUCACCUUUUCUCAUGGCCAGAGCACUGUAAGACUUACUUAACUCGGAUAGCCAGUUGCAAGCCAAGGCAGCCGCAAUUUCAAAGAAGUGACACUAUGUUGGAAAAGUCAGAUUCAGAUUCACCAGGUGAUUCCUUGAGGGAUAUACAGGAUAUAUCUUUAAAUCUAAAGCUAUAUCUGGAUGGUGAAAAGAAUGAAGACAGUGGCACCCUUGAUAAUGUUCUAGAUUCUGAAGAAAAUGCUACUGAUAGAAAGAGUAAGUUAGAAAAUGCUGUAUUGACAUGGUCAGAUGGUACUCUAAGAGAUGUGCACAAGGUUGGAUCCACUGAGAAAGCAGACCAGAAUACAAGUGCGGGUAAGUUCCCAGCAUUCAGGAGGAGGAGACAUGUUUUUGUCAUUUCUGUAGAUCUUGAUACAAUUACAGAGCUGCUUGAAAACAUUCAAAAGGUUUUUGAGGCUGCAGAGAAAGAAAAAGCUUCAGGGUCUAUAGGGUUCAUAUUGUCAACAUCUUAUACCAUAUCUGAAAUAUACUCUCUUUUGGGUCUUGGAGGUCUACGUGCUACUGAUUUUGAUGCUUUUAUUUGUAAUAGUGGUAGCGAAAUCUACUAUCCAUCUCUAAACUUGGGGGACAAUCCUUCAGGGAUUCCCUUUGUGAGUGAUUUGGAUUAUCAUUCACACAUUGAAUACCGUUGGGGUGGAGGAGGAUUGAGGAAGACUUUGGUUCGUUGGGCUGCUUCCAUCGUUAAUAAGAAUGGAAAAAGUGAAGAGCAAAUGGUUACUGAAGAUGAAGAGCGAUCAACUAAAUAUUGCUAUGCAUUUAAAGUGAAGAAACCGGCAUUGGUUCCUCCUGUUAAGGAGCUGCGGAAGUUGAUGAGAAUUCAGGCUCUCCGUUGUCAUGUAAUAUAUUGCCAAAAUGGUAACAACCUGCAUGUAAUUCCUGUACUGGCUUCUCGGGCCCAAGCCCUCAGGUACUUGUAUGUUCGGUGGGGCAUUGAGUUACCAAAUAUGGUGGUAUUUGCUGGAGAGUGUGGGGAUACAGAUUAUGAAGGAUUGCUUGGUGGAGUCCACAAGACUGUAAUAUUGAAGGGAGUCUGCAGCAAUGCUCGUGCCAUACUCCAUGCAAAUAGAAGCUAUCCAUUAGAAGAUGUUGUGCCAUUUGACAACACCAACAUUGUUGAAGUUACUGAAGGGUGCAGCAGUAAUGACAUAAGAAUAUCUCUGGUGAAGCUAGGUGUUCUAAAGGGAUAGAAGAAUGGAUAGUCCAUUAGCUUUCUAUAUGAACAAGUUCCAGAUUCUUCUCUGAGAUUCUGCUCAUUGUUGUCCAGUUCUUUUUUUCUGGUUGCAGCCCUGUUCAACUUAAAACCGAGAAUGGUUUUUCAAAGUACCUCUUCUUCCCUUGGUUUUGUAUUACCAUAUUUGAAACUUGUCAGUUUCCUUUUGAAUCACAAGACAAAAACAAAAAAGAAGCCCUGUUUUGUUUUAGUUUUUUUUCCAGAAGCCCUUCAUCCUACUGAGUUCUGACGUCUGAGAAUUGAAAUUUCUGUCAGUGUAACUGCGUGUGUAGUGAGUGCUUUUGGCCCAUCCACUGCCAUAAGCAAUUUCAUAGUCAGAGAUGAUGGAGGCGAAUGUUAUCCCAAGUUGUUACUAUAAACUCCUUUCGGGCAUCUUUUGUAAUUAUGAAAUACUGAAUAAUCAUUUAAAAGUGCCUUUUAUUAUUAAA